UACAUUACACGGAAGACGGAAAGGCAGUGUAGGAAAGACCCAUUUGAGGGGACCACAAGCAGAGAAAGCUACACGUCAUCAAUACAAUGGCAACCGAGCUUACACAAAUCCACAAGAAUCAUCUUUCCAGAUGGAUUAGCUCAUCGAAAAAACACAAGUAUACACUACUAUACAAGAUCAGCCGGGACGGAUGUUGUUCAACGACCUUCCAUUCUUUCUGUGACAACAAGGGGCCCACUGUCACCAUCCUAUACAAUACCAAUAACUCGGUGUAUGGGGGAUACACCGCUGUCAGUUGGAAUUCCAAUGGUGCUUAUGCCAUCGAUGCUAAGGCCUUUCUUUUUAGACUUGAAUAUAAUGGAUCAAAUCAACCCAUGAAGUUUCCUAUCAAAACGAACGGAACCAACGCGAUCUAUGGACAUGCCUCUUACGGGCCAACAUUUGGUGGGCAUGACUUACAUUCUUUUGCAAAUACUGUGAAUAAAUCAGGAACAUAUUUUCCUUUAAAUGGUAACGUGAACGGAUGGGGAGUAACCUACGACUUUCAAGGACAGAACUACAACUCUGUAAUGAAUGGAAACUUACAGGUACUAGACCUGGAAGUCUACAGUGUAGAAGAACAGGAAUUGCUUCAGAAGCCAUGGAUUCAAGAUGUUGAGUGGAGUAGUAAGCUUGAGGAAGACAUCAAAGACAAAGUGGCCAUGUAUAAACCGUUACCUGGACUGGAUCUCAAGCAGGUUAGGAUAUUGUUGGUCGGUCAAGUCGGGGCUGGAAAGUCAAGCUACUUCAAUACCAUCAACUCUAUAUUCCGUGGACAUAUAAGUGGCCAGGCCAACGCUGGAAGUGCGGAACACAGUCUAACUACAACUUACCGGGUGUAUCAAGUCAGGGACGGUUACGCUGGUAAACCUCUCAACUUCCGGUUAUGUGACACGCGUGGUCUUGAAGAGGAUCAAGGUCUUGACGACCAUGAAGUUGGCUACCUACUCGACGGUCAUGUACCAGACAGGUACAAAUUCAACCCUGCCGUUCCACUGACACCUGACACCAUAGGCUUUGUGAAGAAUCCUAAGUUAGCAGAUAGAAUCCACUGUGUGGUAUUCGUCCUAGAUGGUAGCACUGUUGAUGUUACUCCUGAUAAAGUUAUGGAACGCAUCAAAUCAAUGCAGAUGCGCAUGAACCAAAGAGGGAUACCCCAGGUUGUAUUGCUGACAAAAAUCGACAGAAUCUGUGCGGAGGUCUCAGACGACAUCAGAAGGGUGUUCUUCAGUCCAGCGAUGAAGGAGUGUGUUGACAGGGUUGCCACAGUGAUGGGUUUACCUAGAUCACACAUACUUCCUGUCAAGAACUACGAAAGUGAGGUGGAACUUGAUCAGAAUACCAACAUCUUAUCACUACUCAGCCUCAGACGAAUGCUACACUUUGUUGAUGACUUCCUGUACAACAAACUGGAUGAAAUGGAGGAUGCCAAAGCACAACAAAAUGUAAUCAAGGAAUAAGACAUCAGAUAACAAAGAACAUUAAUCUUUAUCGUGAGAAGAAAAUCAGAAGUUAGAAAUUCAAAAUUCUUUCUUAUAUCUAUGUUAAUUUCACACUUCGAGUGAAUACUUUUAUAUGUAAGCAAAUGUCGGAAAGAAGUGUGUUAGAUACGAAUAAUCGCUUUAUGGAUUUUCAGGUACGAGUACCGCCUAUUUUCAAAAAACGUUUUGUAUGAUAAAAACCAGAAACAGACGUCAAGUUUCUCAAACAUAUUGUAUCCAAAACUUGUGUGGAGAGAUAUUUUAUUGGGUUCUCUGCAUCCAUCUGCGUAUGUACAGGGACCAGAGCUUUGAAACCGUUCAAAAUACAUGUAACUACUCGCAACUUUGUACAACUAUCAGGCUAAUUCUCUAGUACUGACUUUUGCUUUGGAGAUGUUCUACAAUAACAUUUUUCUGUAUCCAUGGAAACAGAUUUCAUUUAUAUGGAACAUAACUUUAUAACUGUUCUUGAGAACCACAGACUUUAUACUACUAUGGGGCAACUAACAUUCUUGUAGUGAUUUUUGCUCUUUCGUUAUUUUUGAAAGCUUUUUUGUUAAUGUGGAAACGCAAAACUACAAGUGCUUCGUGUACAUUUUGUGCAAGUUAGCACUGACUUGGUGCCUUUAGCUAUUGGAGAGGUUUGAUUUUUUUGCUGCCAUUGUAAGAGACAAAAUACAUUUGUUUUUAUAUAUCUAGAGGAUAAAGAUAUCAAAAAUAAUAAAAUUUUAAUGAAUUUGCAUUUGGAUUAUGAUUAUGUUGAAAUGAUGGUGUAUCUUUUUUUGUUGUAGUUUUGUUUUUUGUUUUUUGUUUGUUUUUUUCUAUAUCUA